AAUACAUCUAUUAUUAUUGCAUAAUAUCAUAUUGGCAAUAGUUGAUUUGUGAACCAACUAACUAUCACAAUCUUAAUGUGGAUCAAAACCUUGAUUCUUUCAUUUAAAAUAUAAACAAUCUAAUAUAAUAAUGUGCUGUUGUGAAUAUGAUAUCAUUAAAUAUAUACUCAUUUAUUCAAUAACCAUAAUGAUGGUAAUUUAUCUUGUUAGUGGUGAAGAUUAUCUUAUAACAAAUGAAGAUUUAAGUAAAUUAACUGGAUCAACGACAACACAAACAACGAUUGAUCCAGUUUUAUUAGAAUCCUAUCGUAAAAAUACAAUUAAAUCAUUUAUUAUAUUUGGUGUAAUAUUUGGUCUUAUAAAUAUUGCUUGUUGGAUUGCAUCAAUUAUAAAAGCGAUCAUAGACAGACGAAAAAUAAAGAAGAGAAAUUUAGCUCGUCAAGAUGCGAAACGUUUCAAAACUGAAAGUCAUCGAAAAUCAGUUCUAAAAGAUUUAAUAGAUCCUGAACCACCAAAAUUAAUUCUACCAAGUAUUGUUGAUAGUGCAGUAAAAAAUUAUAAAAAUGUUUCAUCAACAACUCCAAAUCUAACAGAUUCUCCAAUUCAUCAUUUUUCAAGAUGUUCAACUUUACGACGUUCUGGUUCACUUAAACGAUCAACACAGAGUGAAAUAGAUGAACCAACAGAAAAAGAUUUAUUUGUUAAAUAA